CUUCCUAGCCCAUGUUCCUGCGGACUUGGCUACCCCACUUGGCUGUGAGCUGCUUUUUGGAUCGCUUGAUCCAGGAGAAAGAACUGUCGGAUGCUAGGAAGAGAUGAGCGGAGACGCAUGACCUCUCUUCUCUCACCACUCAGGCCUGUUCAAGCCCUGCUGUAGCGUAGCAGACGACAUUAUUAGAGCAAUUGACCCUAGACGUCCGCAGACAGCAGAAGUUCUCGAACAGGCGACUCGUCUGCAACCUGUAUACAUGCUCGUCUUCAAUACUCGCAGCAACUCGGCUGCUAACUAAGUGGAAACGCCUGCAGGUCUAGACCUGUGCCUUAACGAAAUUAUUACCGCAACAUGGCACUCAGAACUCAACGGCGUUCCCAACUGGCUAUACUAGAGCCCCAUGCUCGAUACAGCUCUCAGAAUCCAACGGCCAGAUUGUCAACUAGUUUAUACAGAGAAGCCAUGUCCCACAGUUCGAACGCGCUUCCUCUUGUAGUUAUCGCUCUCAUCCUAACCGCACUCCUUCCCUCCGCAUCUGCCGGCUCUUGUCCCGCUUUCGUCGGCGCGAAGGCCGCAUGCGGCGCCACGACUUGCGGCCGCUACGUCUUCAAGGGCGCGUUCGCAAACAGUCGCAGCGACGUCGCGCAAUUUCGCGUGCGAUCCGCGCGCGACGGUCUGCGACUCGGGCGACGUGCCUCGCCUGCGGACUGCUGCCACAUGUGUCGCCAGCAGCCGCAGUGCAGCUACUGGAACUUCCUCGCAACUUCCGGCGUUUGCUACCUGUACACCAGCGGGGUUUGCGCCGCAAAUAACGGAAUAAGCAACGUCUACUCGCCCAGAGAGCCCGAUUCAUAUGUGGGCGGUCGAUGCAGCUGGCACGGGCAGCAAGAGUACAGAUAUCAAGCGGAGUCCGCCCCCCCCGCGCGCCCGUACACGCAGCUGCGCCCGACGUCCUUCUGCCUCGUGUCGGACUCCCGCCUCCACAUCAACAUGCGCCUCACGGGGUACCUCGAUAACAACCGCUCCGAUAUAAUGGCCGCGCUGGUGGCCGGCGCUAAAGUGCGCACAUGGAUCAGGGAGCUUGGGUUCGUUUGGUGGUCCAAUAGCGGAGCCGCCAGCUCGCAGCACUCGCUGCGGCUAGUAGCAAGGCGAGGCGCGAAGCAGGAGCGCGGCGACGGAUUUAUGGGCAGAAUCGAGGUGGACGGGAUAACUGUUCCGAGGCUGGGGGUGGGUGACGAGUUGAGUCUAUUCGACGGGGAAGGAACAGUGAGCUACACGCGGCAAGAGAGGAGCGGCAACUAUGACGUGGAUGUGUAUUCAGUCAGGCUGGCAGGGCUGCUAGAGGCAGAGGUGCGGCUGAGACCAGCCCAUCCCUUACUGCAGGAGGAGGAUGACGCUGAAGUGCACCAGAUGCUGGACCUCGGGAGUAUCCGAUUCUCGCCCAGCGUGGAUGGUGUGCUGGGACAGGCGUAUAGAGAUGAAGGGUCAAAUCACGACCUCAACUACGCCAUCCUGGCGAACCUCAUGACACGCGCCCAAUCAGUAGCUGCUGAUGUGUCACCAGAUGAGUGGGCGGCUAGCAGUGCGUCUGAUGCAGAUGCUGCGGCAAAUGGGUUCGAAAGUCAAAGAGGUGAAGGCAGCAGUUUCAGGAGCACCAGCGAACAAAACAAUGAUGUGGACAGUGGAGGCAUUGGUAGGACAAGUGCGUAUGACGAUGGUUAUAGAGAGUUAUUCCCAUUAGAAGGCCGGGCAGAGGACUACAUAUCGUCGUCCGUUGUAGCCCCGGAUUGCAGAGUCUCACAAUAUGCCUUCUUGCAUUAUGCUGGAGAGCCAGGUGGGGUUGCUCGUGUUGGAGAAGAAUGAGGUAGGAGGAUGGGUGCGCACCCCACCACCAGGAGAAUAGUGUACUUAGCAGCUGACAGAUACCCAAAUUAGUGCAGGGUGCAUUUAGUGGUAGCAGUAGGUAGGCUAGUAUGUUAGAAAUGUAAUUUUGCAGCUAACGAUUUGAUUGUGUGGGC